AUGCAGAACUUUGAACAAGUAAAGAAGGCCCAAGAGAGGGAAUCACAGCAUACGUACAUGGUCCUUAGAAUGGCUAGUCUUAAUGUAGGGCCUAUGCUGACAAAAUACACCUUCGAAAAGUUGGGGCAAAGUCACGUACAGGCUGAGAUCAGUAAUUACAGAGAAAAUGAUAAGGUAAAAGUCUAGAGAUACAAAAGUAGAAAAGAGCUGAAUUAAAACCAAAAAGUAGAACAGCCUCUUGCAAGGACCACAACAGGGCACAGGCUAGACUAAGCAGUGAGCAUUUAUAGAAAGGGAACUGAUUACAGAAUGACAUAAGAGUGAUCAGAACAAAAGGAAGCAAAGUGAGUGUCCUGAUUCCAAAUUGCUGAUGGAAUGAUGCUUGGUUCCACAGGACAAAGUCUGAGUACCAGGUAAUCUGACAAUCGUACUGCCACCCCAUGCUUGUUGGAGAAGGUCUAACAGAUGCUUUAUAUCUAAGAGCUCAAUUAGAACAAACUUGAUUUUGUAAGUAAGACAAUCAUUCUUUAUUGCAAUGCGUUCACUCUACACUCUAAAUCUAGGAGUUUUAUCUGCAAGCAGAAACUACAGUGCUUUGUGUCCAUUUAGAAGAAAAACAUCAAACAUACUGACAUUGCAAAAAAUGUUUGACUUUCAGAUUAUAAAUGAACCCUCAAUGUUUCUUAGAAAGGAGAAGUUAGUGCAUCUGUAUUUCAAUAACGCUUACCCUGUCCUGUUUAUUCAAAUUCCCAGAAUAUUGUAAAUAAUUACGUGAUUUUCAGACCUGCCUAACAAUUGUAUUUCCCAUAUCAGGUCAUAUUACACUCUGUAAAGGACCUGUGUGCCCAUAUUUCUGUUCAUGCCCUCAAUAGCAACCCUGCAAGGCCUCCAACUUUGAUUACUACAGUGACCUGCGGGCCCUAUCUCAGUAGUUCUCUUGAAAAUCAAUAAAAAAAUUAAAUUCACAAAAAAAUAUGUAUGCUAAGUGAAUAUUUUGAAGGGUGACUGUACAGAUACUACAAUAUUCAAGUUUGUUGUAGCUGACUGUUUGAAACAUUUAUUGCUGUGUGUAUGAAAACAAUGUUGUAUUUUGUCUGUUUGCUGCAAUCACAACAUUGAUGUAAUUAAAUUUUUACAGAAAUAAUUUAUAAUGUAGAUAUGAUGAUUUAUGUAGAUUGAAUGAUUUAUGUAAAGGUUUGUUCUUGUCCCGUGUAAAGAUAAAAAUGUGUCUAUAAUAAUAUUUCGAUGUUAGACAAGAACACUCUUGUAAAAUGUGUUCCCCAAUUCAUCAAUUCUUAAUCACACUGCUGUGUAUGCGCGAACAGCUGCUAAUUUACUCUAAUUGCCACCGAUACAAGACACUCAAAUUAGAUCUCUAAAUUUAACUCUGCUACUAAAACAUAGACCAAAUAAAUGUCAACAAGUGUUGGGUGAUUGGUAAUCUUCCUCUCCAAUCAACUUUUCUUUGUUUCAUUCCCCACAAGGAAAUUUCAGGAGUCGUGCAACAAUUUAAAAAUAGACAAAAUCAGCUGCUAAUUUAUAUUCACUUUAUGUUUCUCAGAACUGCAAUCAAAGAUUACUUUGUCUAAACCUAACUUCUUGACACCAGAUUUUGGUAUCUUCUGGGAUUUUGCAUAACAAUUCCACAUUUACAUCUACAUCUACUACUUUGGUCAUCCACAUUUUUGCACAGAAAUGACUUAUGCUGAAGUGCUGUGCUAUGCAUAUAACUAUGGGUAAAAUGUUUUCAAAAUAUGUUUAUGCAAAAAAAACUGGGACCUGCGCGUCUCACAUGUUGCUUACAUGUUCAUGGAACCUGCGCGUUUCACAGUUUCACAUUUAACUGAUACAGACCUGCGAGUCUUGUACUAAUCUGUGAUGUGUUAUAUUCUAUACAAAAAAACUAACGAGAGGAUUCUCUUGUCUAAAUAAAAAGAUAUUCACAAAAAAAAAAAUCAAGUAAGUAUGUAUGUAUGUAUCCUUGUAGAGUUCUUAAAGGCCACAUGCACAACGCCAUAAAACUGAGCAUGCUGCCAAAUUAUAAACUGUGUUAGUUGUUUGAUUAUACUGUAUCUUAAUUGGAGACAUAAAGUGUAGUUCAUAUUACAAUUAAAUGGUUUUAUUGCAUUGAUUUUCUUAUAGAAAAACAUCAAUUGUUUUUAAGAAAAUAUAUAUUUGAUUAAGGUAGUUGCAGAGAGGAUAAACUACAAAAGAAUCCAAAAUUCAUUCCUAAGUCCAGCCGGACUUGUUUAAAAAAAGCUCCAAUAAGUUUAUUAUUAUUUUCAUUUAUAUAGCACCAACAGAUUCCAUAGUGCUUUACAAUAUUAUGAGAGGGGCGAUUUAACUAUAACUAGGACAAUUACAAGAAAACUUACAGGAACGAUAGUUUAAAGAUGUUAAAGAAAAUAUUAACUGCCUAUAUCUUUCCCUGUGUUUAAUAUCAAAUUGAGGCUUAAAAGCUAUAUCAAACAAAAAAUGCUUCUGCUUGGUUCAUCUAUUCUGUUUGCGUGCACAAAUUUACUCUCAAAUGCUACAUCAGCCACCCAAGUACCGCGAGGACGAGAUAAAGAAACUCAGAGUUGGAGAAUGUGCAGAGACUUGGAUUGGUCAAACCACAUUUCUGGGACAUCUUCAAAAAGUUUAAAGACUGUUUUAUCUGAUCGUAGUGCACGCCAGCUGAAUUACUUUGUUUUGUAAUCCUGCUUGAUUGUUCAUUAAUAAUCCUCUUGAUUUGUACCAGUGUUUUUGCGUGCCUUAUUUUCUUCAACAAAGAGGACCCUGCUCAAACGAGCUUACAGUCUAUAUAACACAGAAGUAACCAAAAGUGCUUUUUUCAUAAAGCACUUUAAAAAGCUAUUCACUAAACCAGGAAUUGUGGAGAAUUGACAAUACCAAAAAUUAUAAUCUAGAUUAGAAAAACCAAAAUUCAUGAUGAGAUUAUCUGGCUAUUUAUGGUUGAGCAUCACAUAAAUGUGAUUUUUUUACAUUUUCUUUUACGAUUUUCUGACCUGCCUUUACCCGGAUUACACUGAUCUGUAUUUUGUUUCACUAGACCCUGACUAGUUGUUUUGACACUGUCAUGGAUUUUUACCAAAGUGAGAAUUACCAGGAAAUAAAGGGGAAUUUCCAUUUUAAGGCCAAAGUAGAUAUGAAAAAGUUACUGUGUGACAGAACUGCUUUAGAGAAAAACAAAGAACAUCAAAACAGCUUUAAUUGUCUCAGAAAACCUGUCAUAUCGACGGUGUUGGAGAAAUGUGAAAGAAAAUGAACACUUUUGCAAUUUUUUUUGGGGGGGAGGGGGGGGGUGUGGGGAGGGGAUUGACGCUGACAAAUGUGUGAAGGAAAAAAAAUGUAAGAAAAUAAAAUGACAGAAGGGGCACAAUAUGGAACAUUUUGCCAUAAAUAAAAUAAUGAAUUGCAAACAGACAAAACAUCCUAAGAAGUGGACAUGACACCGUGUAUACAUAACCCCCAAUGUUGCUUCACCCCCUCCUGCCCAUUGUGUGCCAUGGCUGUGCCAGGACCGAGCUGUGAUUGGAUGAGAAUUAAAGGAAAAUGAGCACAGCAUGGACAUGCCAUAAAUGAUUUGGCAUGGUUUAUUCCUGCUGUAAUUUAGUGAGAAGUGACUUUGUUUCCCUUUAUAGAGAUAUCCCCCCCUGUGAGCUGGCUUUGUCUGUACAGCCAGGUUUAGCCAGCCCCUGGUUCUCCCAUUGCACAGCCUGGGAAUAAAUGGAUAGAAUCCGCUAAUCCUCCUCCUCACAUCGAACACACACAUAUACAAUGUAGCAGCUCUCAGAACUCCCAUCCCUUGCACCCCAUUGGCUGGCAGUGCCCCCUCGCCGCACUCUGAUUGGCUGUUGUCAACGUCACUCUAGCUCAGCGGGCGUCGCUGUCUGGGAAAACACGACCGAUUCCGAGAGGAGCGCUGCGAUUGGCUGAGCGGGGAUGUAACGUCGCUUAGCUCCCGAGUCCCGCCUCCUGGCUUUCUGCUAGAGCCCAGUGUGGCUGUGGUUGUGGAGGGAUGGAGAGCGGGAUUACCGGGCAGCCCUCACGGGGCAUGGAGCAGUGAGCGCUGGACGGUGAGUACCCUGUGUCCGCUGACUGUAUACUGACACAGGGGGAGGGGGGCAGCCGGCCAUGUACCCUGCACAGCCCGGGCAGGGGGGCUCUCCUGCCUUCUAAUCCUAUGGAGAGAGAGGGGCUGCAUGGGAUGUAUCAGCAGCUGCUGGUCCUCUCAGGCCUAUGGCUAGGAAUGGCCAUGUCUCAUAACGGGGGUCUCUGGGCCAAGAGGGGGGUCAUCAUCAUAUCCCAAAACUGA